AUGUCCUCCAUCCCUAAUUUAGGACAAAUCAUAUGGCCGGAAGAAUCUACCGCUGUUCCAAAGGGAUGGGAGAUUCCGACAAACAGGAAAAAGUUGAAAAUCGGUGUGCUGAAGAAGGAAGGUUUCGAAGAGUUUGUGCAGGUAAAACAUGAUUCUGUCACUAAUGAAACCAUUGUCACAGGAUACUGCAUAGAUGUCUUUGAAGCUGCGAUGAAGGCAUUGCCUUAUAAUGUUGAUUAUGAGUUCAUUCCAUUCACAAAGCCUGAUGGCGAGAGCGGUGGUACUUAUGAUGAUUUGGUUUAUCAAGUGUCUCUUGGGAAGUUCGACGCGGUAGUCGGGGAUACUACAAUUAGAGCGAACAAGUCAAAGUUUGCUGAUUUCACAUUGCCCUACACAAAAUCUGGUGUCUCAAUGAUUGUGCCAGUUGGAGACAAACGAAGCAAAAACAAUGCUUGGGUUUUUCUAAAGCCUUUAACGUGA